GACGUUACGUUACGUGUUUCUUUUGCCACAUGCUGUUUUGGUUACUCUUGGGAACAUGCCGAAAGUAGUGUCUCGGUCGGUGGUUUGCUCAGAUACCCGGGACCGCGAGGAAUAUGACGACGGCGAGAAGCCUCUCCACGUCUACUACUGUUUGUGUGGUCAGAUGGUCCUGGUUCUGGAUUGUCAGCUAGAGAAGUUACCCAUGAGACCCCGGGACAGAUCCCGUGUGAUCGAUGCUGCCAAACAUGCCCACAAGUUUUGUAACACAGAAGACGAGGAGACUAUGUAUCUUCGGAGGCCUGAAGGCAUCGAAAGACAAUAUAGGAAGAAGUGUGCAAAGUGUGGACUCCCACUGUUCUACCAGUCCCAGCCAAAGAAUGCUCCGGUGACCUUCAUUGUGGAUGGAGCAGUAGUGAAGUUUGGCCAGGGUUUUGGGAAAACAAAUAUAUAUACCCAGAAGCAAGAGCCUCCCAAGAAGGUGAUGAUGACCAAACGGACUAAGGACAUGGGCAAGUUCAGCUCUGUCACCGUGUCUACCAUUGAUGAAGAAGAAGAGGAGAUUGAGGCUAGAGAAGUUGCUGAUUCGUAUGCCCAGAAUGCCAAAGUGAUUGAAAAACAGCUGGAGCGUAAAGGCAUGAGCAAGAGGCGACUGCAAGAGCUGGCUGAACUAGAAGCCAAGAAAGCGAAAAUGAAGGGAACUUUGAUUGACAACCAGUUCAAGUGACAGGACCUUGUUCUGAUCUCUGACCAGAAGCAAGCAUUUAGAUACAGAAGAAAAAUAAUUUGCUUAUGUAGACUGGUUUCUAUUUAUGCCCCAGAAGAAGGCUCUUAUAUGUUGCUUCCUAUUGAUUCUCCUACGUUCAGUGAGGUCUUUCAGUCCAUUUGACCUGCUUUCUGUGAAAUGGGUUGUUCUAUAUCUUUCUCUAUAUAGAUUUUCUGUACUAUUUUUUGUCCAUGUGAUGUAAACUUCUUCAGCUGUGUGGAAACUAUGAAUAGAUUAAUGCUUGAGUGUCUCUAGUUUCUAAAAUGGCUGUUAUUUAAAAAAAAAAGGAGGGGGUAACCCCACUUGGGCCCCCUCCUGUCCCUCUCUUGGACAGAAGCUUUCUU